UAAAACAAGCAUUUUCCUUCUUUUCUAUUUAUAUCGUCCUUUCUUCUUUGCUUACAGCUUUGGAACGAAAAAUAUCAAUGAGGCAAAGCAGAGAGGAGCUUAUAAAACGAGGAGUGCUGAAAGAAAUUUUUGAUAAAGAUGGGGAGCUUUCCAUACCAAAUGAAGACGGAGCUUUGGAGAACGGGCAGCCUCUGGGCUCCGGGCAAGUGCUGAGCUCCAGCCAGGUGUCCCUGCCAGCCCUAGCAGAACUGGAGUCAGGUCCAGCACCUGGGGAGCCCUGCUCAUACGAGGUGCUCCCAACCACAGAGAUCAUGGACGGGACAGUGUCCGAAGAGAGCCCCACAUCCAAUGAAUCCGGCGUCCUCCUGUCCCAAGAGCCUACAGCUAAGCCAGUCCUGCUACUUCCCCCCAAAAAAUCUGCCGCUUUCCCUGGAGACCAUGAGGACACCCCAGUGAAACAGUUGUCCCUCCUCAAACAGCCCCCCGCCCUGCCUCCUAAACCCAUUGCCAGGAUUGCCAGCCACUUAACUGAUCCUGGCGCCCCUGUGAAACUGCCUUGUUUGCCAGUUAAACUGUCACCUCCACUACCUCCAAAGAAAGUCAUGAUUUGCAUGCCUUUAGGGGGGCCGGACCUCUCUCUCUCAUCCUAUUCCACGCAGAAGAGCUCCCAGCAGCCUUUGACCCAGCACCAUCACACUGUCCUGCCAUCCCAGUUAGCAGCUCACCAGCACCAGCUCCAGUACGGCGCCCACAGCCAGCACCUGCCUUCGGGGUCCAGCACGUUGCCCAUCCACCCUUCGGGCUGCCGCAUGAUAGAGGAACUGAACAAAACGCUAGCCAUGACCAUGCAGAGGCUAGAAAGCUCCGGUUUACACACAGGUGACAGCGUCACGAAACCAGGACCUGGGGGCCUUCCAGACAUGAGACAAGUGCCAACUGUUGUGAUCGAAUGCGAUGACAAUAAAGAAAAUGUGCCUCAUGAAACCGACUAUGAAGAUUCUUCCUGCCUGUACCCGAGACAGGAAGAGGAGGAAGAGGAAGACGAAGAUGAGGAUAACUCGUUAUUUACAAGCUCCCUGGCGAGGAAAGUCUGCAGGAAGGACUCUUUGGCGAUCAAGCUGAGCAACAGGCCUUCCAAGCGAGAGCUGGAGGAAAAGAACAUCCUCCCCAUGCAGACUGAUGAAGAGAGGCUCGAGCUUAGGCAGCAGAUUGGGACAAAGUUAACAAG